GGUGGCGAGGCGGCCUGCGGGGUUCGGGCCCGGCCGACCGUGGGGAGGUUGCGGCCGCCGCGACCAUGUCGGCGGGCGGCCGUGACGAAGAGCGGCGGAAGCUGGCCGACAUCAUUCACCACUGGAACGCCAACCGGCUGGACCUGUUCGAGAUCAGCCAGCCGACCGAGGAUCUGGAGUUUCAUGGAGUCAUGAGAUUUUAUUUUCAAGAUAAAGCUGCUGGAAACUUCGCAACAAAAUGCAUUCGGGUAUCUAGCACAGCAACCACUCAAGAUGUGAUUGAAACACUGGCAGAGAAGUUCCGCCCUGACAUGCGCAUGCUGUCCUCUCCAAAGUAUUCCCUCUAUGAAGUGCAUGUCAGUGGAGAAAGAAGAUUAGACAUUGAUGAGAAACCUCUAGUUGUGCAGUUGAAUUGGAACAAAGACGAUCGGGAAGGGAGAUUCGUCCUUAAGAAUGAGAACGACGCCAUUCCUGCCAAGAAGGCUCAGAGUAAUGGACCCGAGAAGCAGGACAAAGAAGGCGUUAUUCAGAACUUCAAAAGAACUCUCUCAAAGAAAGAAAAGAAGGAAAAAAAGAAGAGAGAAAAAGAGGCGUUGAGACAAACCUCUGAUAAGGAAGAAAGGCCUUCUCAAGGGGAUGACAGUGAGAAUUCUCGACUGGCUGCUGAAGUUUACAAAGACAUGCCUGAAACCAGCUUUACUCGGACAAUUUCUAACCCUGAGGUGGUUAUGAAACGGCGGCGGCAGCAAAAGCUUGAAAAGAGAAUGCAGGAGUUUCGGAGCUCAGAUGGGCGGCCUGACUCGGGUGGGACGUUGAGAAUAUAUGCAGACAGUUUAAAACCCAAUAUUCCAUACAAGACAAUCCUGCUGUCUACUACAGAUUCUGCAGACUUUGCUGUAGCGGAGUCUUUGGAGAAGUAUGGUCUGGAAAAAGAGAAUCCCAAGGACUACUGCAUUGCCCGGGUUAUGCUUCCUCCUGGAGCCCAGCAUUCUGAUGAAAGAGGUGCUAAGGAAGUUAUUCUUGAUGAUGAUGAGUGUCCUUUACAAAUCUUCAGGGAAUGGCCAAGUGACAAAGGGAUUUUAGUCUUUCAAUUGAAAAGGAGACCACCGGACUACAUCCCAAAGAAAAUGAAGAAGCAUGUUGAAGGGAAGCCGCUGAAGGGGAAGGAUAGAGCUGACGGGUCUGGCUAUGGUUCUGCUCUUCCUCCUGAGAAGCUACCCUACUUAGUAGAGUUAAGCCCAGGGAGAAGGAAUCACUUUGCCUACUACAGCUAUCACACUUAUGAAGACGGCUCUGACUCUAGAGACAAGCCAAAGUUAUACCGCCUUCAACUAAGUGUGACUGAAGUUGGGACAGAGAAGUUCGAUGACAAUUCUAUCCAGUUGUUUGGCCCAGGAAUUCAGCCUCAUCACUGUGAUCUCACUAACAUGGAUGGAGUAGUCACUGUGACACCCAGAAGUAUGGAUGCAGAGACUUACGUGGAUGGCCAGCGCAUCUCAGAGACCACCAUGCUGCAGAGUGGCAUGAAAGUGCAGUUUGGCACUUCCCAUGUGUUUAAGUUUGUGGACCCCAUCCAGGACCAUGUUCUUUCAAAGAGAUCUGUGGAUGGAGGCCUGAUGGUCAAGGGCCCAAGACAUAAACCUGGAGCCGUUCAGGAGACAACCUUUGAUUUGGGAGGAGAUAUUCACAGUGGGACAGCAUUGCCAGCAAGCAGGAGCACUACUAGACUGGACAGUGACAGGGUAUCCUCUGCCUCCAGCACAGCUGAGCGAGGGAUGGUGAAGCCAAUGAUCCGACUGGACCAGGAGCAAGAUUAUCGCCGGAGAGAAAGCAGAACUCAGGAUGCGGCUGGGCCUGAACUGAUACUGCCUGCCAGCAUUGAAUUCAGGGAAAGCUCUGAAGAUUCUUUCUUAUCUGCCAUUAUAAACUAUACCAAUAGCUCCACAGUGCACUUUAAGCUGUCACCCACGUAUGUGUUAUACAUGGCGUGCCGGUAUGUAUUGUCCAGCCAGCACAGGCCCGACAUCAGCCCUACAGAGCGCACCCACAAGGCCAUUGCUGUUGUCAACAAGAUGGUGAGCAUGAUGGAAGGGGUCAUUCAGGAAGUAGACCAGGUUGAUCAGAAACAAAAGAACAUUGCAGGGGCACUUGCUUUCUGGAUGGCAAAUGCGUCUGAACUUCUCAACUUCAUCAAGCAGGACCGCGACCUUAGUCGGAUCACACUAGAUGCCCAGGAUGUUUUAGCACACUUGGUUCAGAUGGCAUUUAAGUACUUGGUUCACUGUCUCCAGUCAGAACUUAAUAACUACAUGCCAGCCUUUCUGGAUGAUCCUGAGGAAAACAGUCUGCAAAGACCAAAAAUAGAUGAUGUGCUGCAUACACUCACAGGAGCCAUGUCCUUGCUGAGGCGCUGCAGAGUCAAUGCUGCCUUGACCAUCCAGCUAUUCUCUCAGCUUUUCCAUUUUAUCAAUAUGUGGCUGUUCAACAGAUUGGUGACUGACCCAGAUUCAGGCCUGUGUUCCCACUACUGGGGAGCAAUUAUCCGCCAGCAGCUAGGGCAUAUUGAAGCCUGGGCAGAGAAGCAGGGGCUAGAGCUGGCAGCUGACUGUCACUUGAGCAGGAUUGUGCAGGCUACUACUUUGCUUACCAUGGAUAAGUAUGUACCCGAUGACAUUCCAAAUAUAAACAGCACAUGCUUUAAGUUAAAUUCUCUACAACUUCAAGCCUUAUUACAAAAUUACCACUGUGCACCUGAUGAGCCUUUUAUUCCCCCGGAUCUCAUAAAAAAUGUUGUGGCCGUUGCUGAGAACACAGCUGAUGAGCUCGCCCGCAGUGAUGGCCGAGAUGUGCAGUUGGAGGAGGACCCUGACCUACAGCUACCUUUUCUUUUGCCAGAAGAUGGCUAUUCCUGUGAUGUCGUCAGAAACAUUCCUAAUGGUUUACAAGAAUUUUUAGACCCUCUGUGCCAGAGAGGAUUUUGCAGGUUGAUUCCUCAUACACGUUCACCAGGUACUUGGACGAUAUAUUUUGAAGGUGCAGAUUAUGAAAGUCACCUUAUGCGUGAGAACACAGAACUGGCCCAGCCUCUGAGGAAGGAACCUGAGAUAAUCACUGUGACCCUAAAAAAGCAGAAUGGAAUGGGCCUCAGCAUUGUUGCAGCAAAGGGUGCUGGCCAGGAUAAACUGGGAAUCUACGUUAAGUCUGUUGUGAAAGGAGGUGCUGCAGAUGUGGAUGGACGUUUAGCUGCUGGUGACCAGCUCCUCAGUGUGGAUGGACGAAGUCUGGUUGGACUUUCUCAGGAAAGGGCAGCAGAACUCAUGACAAGAACCAGUUCGGUGGUCACACUUGAAGUUGCAAAGCAAGGCGCCAUCUAUCACGGCCUGGCCACCCUCCUUAACCAGCCAUCCCCCAUGAUGCAGAGAAUUUCAGAUCGUCGUGGCUCAGGUAAACCCAGACCAAAGAGUGAAGGUUUUGAACUCUAUAAUAAUUCAGCUCAGAACGGCUCCCCAGAGAGUCCUCCGCUGCCUUGGACAGAGUACAGUGAGCCAAAGAAACUCCCUGGUGACGACAGGCUGACGAAAAACAGAGCCGAUCACCGCUCCAGCCCCAAUGUGGCAAAUCAGCCUCCUAGCCCUGGAGGGAAGAGUCCGUAUGCCUCUGGAACAGCAGCUAAGAUAACAUCUGUCUCCACUGGAAACCUCUGCACUGAGGAGCAGACCCCUCCACCUAGACCUGAAGCCUAUCCCAUCCCUACUCAGACAUACACCAGAGAGUAUUUUACCUUUCCAGCUUCAAAAUCCCAAGAUCGUAUGGCUCCUCCUCAGAACCAGUGGCCAAAUUAUGAGGAAAAGCCACACAUGCACCCAGAAAGUAAUCAUUCCAGUAUUGCAAUCCAGCGUGUUACCCGUUCCCAGGAAGAGCUUCGAGAAGAGGUUUACCAACUUGAGCGGCAUAGAGUAGAGGCUGGCUUGGAUCGCAAGUGUGACAGUGAUUUGUGGAUCAAUCAGAGCUCCUCUGUGGAUUCCAGCACAUCCAGCCAAGAGCACCUGAACCAUUCCUCCAAGUCAGUCACCCCUGCUUCCACUCUGACCAAAAGCGGUCCUGGACGUUGGAAAACCCCAGCAGCGGUACUGCCCACCCCUGUCGCUGUCUCCCAGCCCAUUCGAACAGACCUACCUCCACCACCCCCUCCACCUCCUGUUCACUAUACCAGUGAUUUUGAUGGCAUUCCAGUGGAUUUGCCCCUCCCACCUCCACCUGCCAACCAGGUAGGACCCCAGUCUGCUCAGGUGGCUGCUGCAGAGCGGAAAAAGAGAGAAGAGCAUCAGCGGUGGUAUGAGAAAGAGAAGGCCCGCCUCGAGGAGGAACGGGAGAGGAAGCGCAGGGAGCAGGAGCGGAAGUUGGGGCAGAUGCGCACGCAGUCCCUGAACCCCGCUUCCUUCUCUCCUUUGGCCACACAGGCCAAGCCCGAAAAGCCUUCCACACUACAGAGGCCCCAAGAAACAGUCAUUCGGGAGCUGCAGCCCCAGCAGCAGCCCCGCACAAUUGAGCGCAGGGACCUCCAGUACAUCACCAUCAGUAAAGAAGAACUGUCCUCUGGUGAUAGUCUGUCUCCAGACCCCUGGAAACGAGAUGCCAGGGAGAAGCUGGAGAAGCAACAGCAAAUGCACAUUGUGGACAUGCUGAGCAAGGAGAUCCAUGAGCUGCAAAACAAGGUGGACCGCACUGCAGAGGAGAGUGACCGCCUGCGGAAGCUAAUGCUGGAGUGGCAGUUCCAGAAGAGACUGCAGGAGUCCAAGCAGAAGGAUGAGGAUGAUGAAGAAGAGGAAGAUGAUGAUGUGGACACCAUGCUGAUCAUGCAGCGUCUGGAGGCCGAGCGGAGAGCCAGGUUGCAGGAUGAGGAGCGCAGGCGCCAGCAGCAGUUGGAAGAGAUGCGCAAACGAGAAGCAGAAGACCGAGUAAGACAAGAGGAAGACCGACGCCAUCAGGAGGAGGAGCGAGUAAAGAGAGACGCUGAAGAAAAGAGGCGACAGGAGGAAGGGUAUUACAGCCGCCUAGAAGCUGAGAGGCGCAGACAGCACGACGAGGCAGCACGCAGGUUGCUGGAGCCCGAAGAGCCUGGGCUGAGCCGACCUCCACUUCCACGGGACUAUGAGCCCCCACCCCCGUCCCCAGCACCCAGCGCCCCUCCUCCCCCACCUCAGCGGAACGCCUCCUACCUCAAAACACAGGCCCUCUCCCCAGACUCGCUGUUCACUGCCAAGUUUGUUGCGUAUGAUGAUGAGGAGGAGGACUGCGGCCCAGCAGGACCACACUCUUACACUGGAUCUGCUGGGACAGCUUUGGGGGCCCAUGAUGCUCCUUGGGACCCAAGAGAGAAGCACACUAGAAGCCAAGAUGCAGACUUACCUGGCAGUUCUGGAGCCCCUGAAAACCUGACAUUUAAAGAGCGUCAGCGCCUGUUUUCACAAGGUCAAGAUGUGUCUGACAAAGUGAAAGCGUCUCGUAAAUUAACAGAACUGGAGAAUGAACUGAACACCAAGUGAGAGGACAGAGAGAGCACUGUGCUCACACGAGUCUGCCCUGGGCAGUGGUUUAUGGGGUGAGCCUGAGGAGGAGGGGACAGUUCUGUGUCUAAGUGAUUUCUCAUUUCUGUUUCUAAAAUGGUUACAAGUUAGAGAUGUUCCAAUUCUAAGAAAUCUUGUUUUACUUUACCAAGAAAAUCCUGCCUAGUUCUCAUUGAUUUGACUCACAUGAAGUUAUCUUUUUUUUUUUUUUUUUUUUUUUUUGGUUUUUCGAGACAGGGUUUCUCUGUGUAGCUUUGCGCCUUUCCUGGAAAUCACAGAGAUCCACCUGGCUCUGCCUCCCAAGUGCUGGGAUUAAAGGCGUGCGCCACCACUGCCCGGCAAAGUUAUCUUUUUUUGUUAGCUUCUUUGGGGAGUCUUAGGCUCACAGGGCAGAGUGAAGGGCAGUAAAGAUCACAGGGUAUUUCCUCUACCCUCUCUUCCCAUCAUCAUUCCAAGGACAGUAGGCCAAGAAAAGAUCUUUCUGUUCUUUCUCAAAACUCCACUUGGCUACCAGACAGUGACAGCUAAAGAACACAGACCAUUGCUGUGUUCUAGUGGAGCCUGUGUUCAGGAGACACAGGACCUGGCCUGGAGCUGCCUCCUCCCUAGCCCCAGGGCAGAUGUCCCCACUGUACCUUCUGUAAUGUGCAUGAGGUGACUGGAUGGAGUUUCUCAUAUGUAAGGUGCACAACACAUCAUUCUUGACAAAUGUGAGCCCCCUGAUCAAUACUAAAUGUUUGAGAUUGAGUAUCUAAUUAAUAAUUCAAUUUUGAAAAUUCUCAAAAUUUUAAAGAUUUAAUCUUAGGGGAUUUUAUUUCAUAAAUACCAAAUCAUCAUUAGACUAAUCAAUGGUGAAAAUUAAAGAUGACGGUUAUGUUAGGAAGUUACCUGAUACUUCAGAUAUUCCAAAGGAUCUAGAGUUCUCGAGCUAACAGCCUUCGUGUAGGUAGGAGCAAAGACAUCUGAGGAGAGUGGGAGCUCACAGGCG